UUUGAUGUAUUGAUUAUUGUAGAUCGUUCGGUGUGCUGGGGAACGACUACAAGCCAAACGCAACUUUGCUUGUACGUUAUCGUAGUCUUCAACUGAUAUUAGCGGCUUAAAUGUCAACCAAGAAUUCCAAGCCAAAUCUCAGCCAAGCCCAGGUCCAAGAGUUGGUUGGGCGGCUCUAUGGGAUGACUCUAUCACAGGUUCGCCCCUUGCCUAGUUAUGAUGACCAGAACUUCUAUGUGGCGGCUGCUGGAGGUGGAGAGUAUGUGUUAAAGAUUAUGAACACUGUGGACAGUCAGAACCCUACACUGAUUGAGAUGCAGACUCAUACCAUGACCUUCCUGCACCAGCGGGGCAUCCCGGCUCAAACUGCCCUGCCCACACUAACUGGACAGAUGAUGAGCCUGGAAGAUAUUGACUGUGGAUCAGGCUGUCAGAAGUACUUGGUACGAUUGCUGACCUACUUGCCAGGCACUACCAUCGCAAAGGUCCCCUGCUCCCCGCAAAUUCUGUAUCAAACUGGGAAGAUGGCAGCUAUGAUGGACAGGGUGCUGCAGGGGAUGGAGCAUCCCAACUUGUGGGUACUGCAGAGGAAGAACUUUAUUUGGAAUCUGUCUAAUGUACCUCUCUUAGAACCCUACCUUCAUGUAAUGGAUGGGGAUCCUGUGCAGCAGGUGGUAAAGGAAGUCAUUGAGAUGUACAAGAGACAAGUCCUUCCAAAUCUGGGCUCCUUCCGCAAAUGUAUAAAUCACGGUGAUUUCAAUGACCUGAACAUCUUGGUUGAACCUGAUGAUCUGGAGGGCUACAAAAUCUCUGGCAUUCUGGACUUUGGGGACAUGAGCAGUGGAUACUAUGUCUUUGAGUUGGCCAUCACUAUCAUGUACAUGAUGAUCGAGAGCCCCAAUCCCAUAGAGGUGGGAGGGCCUGUGCUGGCAGGUUGGGAGAGCAUCAUCCCUCUGAAUGAAGCAGAGCGGAAUGCCCUCUACCUGCUGGUGCUGGGCCGCUUCUGCCAGUCCCUGGUUUUGGCUCGCCAUUCUGUUACUCUGCAGCCUGAGAAUGAAGAGUACUUGAUGAUAACUGCAAAGACAGGCAUACGACAUCUGAUCCGACUGUGGGAGCUGGGCAAAGACGAAGUGGAAAGGAGGUGGUUCCAAGCAGCUAGAGUGUACUCAGAUGGGAAGUGAUGACAGAACAGGGAAUAGGACGGUCACAGUCAUAUCCUACAUGGAAGGGCAAUGACAUUGAUAAUUCUGAUGCUUUCAUGCCCAUUUAAGCUAUGUGAUCUCUGUGGCUCAUAGAGGAACAAUCUUAUUGGACGAUAGAGGAACAUUCUAGGAAAUCUAGUGAAGCAAGGUUUUCUAUGCUCAUCCCUUGCAUUACCCUAUUUUUGAAAUCAGGAUCAUCUGUAUUAACUAUGCAACUUUUUCUCAACACAAAGGUUUGUAGAAAUGUUUUUUUUUUUUACAUUUCCUGGGAAGGUGUCUAUCACAAACAAUUGUCUUAUCUAUUUGAAUGCAAAAUGCCAAGGACCUCAUUAAAACACCAUGCUGUGCCAAAUACUGUUGAUAGCAUGCUUUCAAUUAACAGUACAGUGUCACCACACAAAAAGGUUUUCAAAGACCAAAUUAUAAGGUGCUCUGGGAUAAUCAUUCUGUCCCAAUCUGCUGGAUGUGUAGACUGUGUAUUUAUGCUGGUCUUAUGUCAUUUGUAGCUUGUAUUUCCCCUGUGUUUCUUUUGUAUGGUUGUACAUGUGUGUGGUUGGUUGUAUGGAACUGUUAUGCUUUUGAAAUGGUCACAGAGGCUUGGUGUUGAAGUUAUAACUUGAAGUUAUAAAAUGUUCCUGUGGAUUAACAGGGGAAUAGAAAAGUGACAGAAUAAAAAAUGAACAAAUAUUAUAAUAACGAAAGAAUAUUUGAACAUGUCAUGGCAAAUAUUGACUCUAAUAAGAUGUUAAUACCACCUAAAUGCUCAAUUUGUAUCAUUGCAUUUAAUAUGAUCAUUUGUUUGUGACAUAAUACUGGAAAAUAAGAUGAUGCUAAGGUCUACACAUCCGUCCAGGGCAUGGCUUUCUGGACUAAUACAUCUAACUGCAAAGGACAUGAUGUAUCACUAAACUUCAGAUAGCUGUAUGUGCAUUAAUUUUCUAUGUAAUACAUCAGUCAGUUCCCUUUGAAGGUUAAUAAAGU